AUGCCUCGCUCGCUCGCCUCGUCUCUGCUCCUCGCCAGCGUGCUGGCCACCGCUGCCCUCGGCCACUCUCAUGCCGACGCCCACGCGCACAUCCACGCUCGUGCUCUCCCCGGCUCCUGGUACCACGACCGUCGUCACGAAGCGCACAGACUGUUCAGGAAGGCGGGUGAUGGCGUAUCAUAUCCUGCGGUGGGCACCCCAGAAUGGGCGGCCGGGUUCCCCAAGGACAAGACCAUCGACCCCAGCACCAUCCCUCAGGCCUGGAUCGAUGCCCUCAACGCGGCCAAGGCUGCUGGCAAAAUCCCGAACAUCUCCCCGUCCACUCAGACCGUUCCGUUCACCAGCCCGACGUACCCCGGUCUCGACCCCAAUUCCAAGGAGAUCUGUUCUGCGACGUACAAGUGCAAGAACCCGGACGACCUCUGGGACGCACCCGACGGUGUUUUCGCCUCUUCUUUCGACGACGGUCCCCUGCCGACGUCUAUGGCGCUUUACGAGUUCCUCAAGUCUCAGAACGUGGUCUCCACGCAUUUCAUGAUCGGCGUCAACAUUCUCCAAAAUCCUACCGAAUUCCAGUAUGCGUUUGAGACGCUCCAGAGUGACAUCGCAUGCCACACUUGGUCUCAUCCCUACAUGACCACUCUCACCAACGAGCAGAUCGUCGGCGAGCUCGGAUUCAGCUUGGAGAUCAUCCACAACUCCACCCAGGGCCGCCUCCCUAGGUACUGGCGUCCACCUACCGGUGACUCCGAUGAGCGUGUUCGCGCCAUCGCGAAGGAGGUCUUUGGUCUGACCACAGUGAUUUGGAACCAGGAUACGGAGGACUGGAACAUCACCGCUACAGGCGUGAUCACCCGGACCACGGUCGACGCCGACCUCACUAAGUGGAUCACCACCGCGCCCAAGUCCCCCGGUCUGAUGAUCCUGGAACACGAGCUGAGCACCGACAGCGUCAGCGCGUUCAUCGAGCACUUCCCACUCAUCGCCCAGAACGGCUGGAAGUUCGAGUCCGUCGCGCGCGUCCAGGACGGCCAGGCGUACCAGAACGCCAAAGACUCGAACCCGGACACGCCCGUGACGCCCGUCCCGGUCGCUGUCGCCGUCCAGUCCUCUCCUGCUUCUGGCACCUCUGGUGCCUCCAAAGUGUCCUCCGGGGCGUCCUCCAAGACCUCCUCUGUCAAGAGCACGCAGACUUCCUCUGGAAACUCUAACACGAGCGCGGCGAUAACGAUGGCGUCCGCGCGCGCGGCGACGGUCGUCGCGGGCUCGCCUGCGUAUAAUUUAAGUCGAUUUGACACGUGA